AGCUGCCUCGUAAGGAAUAGCACCUGCAUGGAUGUGAGCUGGCUGCAGGUUCCCAUGUGGACUCCUUCUGCUCCAAGCAGUCUUCAUGUCUCUUCUGAAGUAUUCCGUCAGAUGGAUGGAAGACUGCUGCCUGUGCUUCGGAUAGAAUGGAAAGUGGCCACUGAUGCUAGCAUCUGGUGUCUCCGAGGGGCAGAGCUGUCUGUGAUGCAAGUGAACACCAAUCAACAGAUCUGCGCCCAGUUUGACUUUCAGAACAACUUGACGCUUCAGGUCCGUCCGGAUGGAGGUCGGUGGAAUUUCAGUUUUGACCGUUUCGAAGUGGAACCUGGCCAGACUUACCAGGUGACUGUCUACCACCUGCCCAAACUGGGUAUGCAUGGAGACUACAACUGCAAGUCCACGUCUCUCACAGUUCCUGACUGCAUGGACCCUCUAAUGAAAAGGACCGUCCCCUGUGUAGAGACAGGCAGUUUGUGGGAGCCCCAGAUCCAAGGCAAAAGUCUAGAUGAUACAACUCUGCUCGUGAGGUUUAACCCCUGGAUGGAGUCAGCCCGGUACGAAAUUCACGUGGCCAGUUUCCUGAAUGAGAAGAAGUGUAAAACAAUCACACAUGACUUCACUGAGGGUGGAUUGCAACAGCCAGUGAAUGUCACAAUCAAAAUAGAGAAGAACAUAAGGGCUUGCUGCAACUACAAGAUACAGAUUCAGCCGUUCUUUGCGAGCUGUGGCACAGACUGCCUGAGACACUCUGCUUUCAUCCCGUGUUCACCAGCUCCAAGUACAGACCCAUCAGGUGAUAUGAUUAUAUGGCUCUACUGGUGUAUCACUGGGAUCUGUGUGUUACUGGUGGGAUCAGUCAUAACUGGUGUGAUUUGUAUGACCAAAAAACGAGCAGGACACCAGCGAGGGAAAUACAACCACAAUGAUUUGCAGACUGCAGCACCAUAUACCGACCUUCCUCUGCCCCCCUUGAAGCCCCGCAAGGUCUGGAUCGUGUACUCAGCCGAUCACCUGCUGUACGUGGACGUGGUGCUGAAGUUCGCCGAGUUCCUGAUGACGGUCUGUGGCACUGCUGUAGCCUUGGAUCUGCUGGAGGAUCACCAGAUCUCAGAGUUAGGGCCGUUACCCUGGCUUACUCGGCAGAAGAAGGAAAUGGAAGACCUGUCUUCCAAGAUCAUCAUCUUAUGCUCACGGGGCACCCAGGCCAAAUGGCAGGCCAUGCUUGGGAGUGAGCCUGUGUGUCUCAGGCAAGAUCAGCAAAAGCCCACGGGAGACAUGUUCACCCCGGCCUUGAAUUUGAUCCUGCCAGAUUUCAAGAAGCCAGCUUGUUUUGGAAUGUAUAUAGUCUGUUAUUUUGAGGGGAUAAGUAGUGAGAAAGAGGUACCUGAUCUGUUCAACGUCAUCCCCAGGUACCAACUGAUGGAAAAGUUUGAGGAUAUUUAUUUUCGGAUUCAGGAUCUGGAGAAGUUUGAACCUGGGCGCAUCCAUCGAAUCCAAGAAAUCACAGCUGAGAAUUACAUCGAUAGCCCUAGUGGGAGGAAGUUGAAAGAAGCAGUGCAAAAGUUCAGGAACUGGCAGACUGAGCACCCGGACUGGUUUGAGAGUGAAACCAUCUGCUUGGACAGUGAUGAAGAGUUGCAGUCCCUGAACAGAGAGAGCCAGGUGGAUUCGUUGCUGAGUGAACCAGGUGGAAUUGUGAAACACCAGCUGCACCUAUGGGAGCCUGACUGCCACUGCUCUUACGUCGUCGACCUCCACAUGCAUGACGGUGAAACUGGAGGCUGUAAACUGCAGCCUCAGCUUAAUCCCUGUGGGGAUCUGACUGCUCAGACUACGGUCCUUCCUAUGGAUGAGGUUCCUCUAAUUCAGGUAGUGGAGCCAGUCCCUUCCAUGGAAGAUAGAAAUAUCCUUGGUCAUCAUGUGCUGAGUAAUGAGGACCGUGUGGAAGGAGUUCCUCUUCUGGAGACAAGCUUUCCAAUGAGGAAUAACAUCCUCCUCCACGAUGACUCUGAAGCUUCAGCAGUAGAUGACCAGAGCCCUUCAAACCUCUCAGGUGAACUGAGACACCACCUGAACGGACUCAUGUACUCUCUCUAUCAGCAGAGCGUCAUUCAUUCGGAGCCGUCUCGCUGCCGAGAGGAGGCUGACCAGCAAGACCAGUUGGUCUUUGAUGACCAGUGCAAAGACCAAAGACAGUCAGUGCAGUCAGACCAGGGCUACAUCUCUAGAUGUUCUCCUCUGCCUCCUGAUGACCUUGUGGAGGAGGAGGAGGAGGAGGAAGAAGAGGAGGAUCAGGAAAAGCAAGUGGUCUUCCAUGAACUCUCUCCAGAGGUCUUGAACAGUCUAAAGAGCCUCCAGCAGCAGCUGUUUUUCCAGGACAUUCAACGGAGCUCUGACUGGGGGUAUCCAUCCGAGGUGAUGGACCUUGGCCAGUCUUUGCAGGACUGUUAG